AUGGAGGUAGUUCCAUUAGAAGAGAUCACUGCAGAACUGGUGAGUAAAGCUUUUUAUGACCAUUGGGUGAGCAGAUUUGGAGUGCCACAGUGUAUUGUUACUGACCAAGGUCGCCAGUUUACCUCCCAAAUGUUUAAAAAUCUUGCUGCUAUUUGUGGUGCUAAACUUCUGCAUACAACGCCCUAUCAUCCCCAAUGUAAUGGGAAAAUAGAGCGCUUUCACAGGACACUAAAGGCUGCAAUAAAAGCUCACAAUAAUGUAAAAUGGAGUGAUAUGCUACCCACUAUUUUGUUGGGUUUAAGAGCUGCUAUCAGAGAUGGUACAAACUAUUCUGUUGCUCAAAUGGUAUAUGGUACCAAUAUCAGGCUUCCUGGUGAAUUUUUUGAAAAACCCAGUGUCCACGUUGAACCUGACACAUUUGUGUACAAUCUCAGCAGCAGAUGGCCCUAG